AGCCAUUUUGUAGUGGUAUCUCUGGCGUGUCCCGGUACGCUUGUGUCCAUACGUGCUCGAGGCGACUCACUUGUAUCUUUCCAUUUCCCUAUUGUGAAGUUUCAUGGUGCUGCUUGGAAACACCAUCUGGUCUCGCGGUUACGGUGCCUGCAAGGCUCCCAUCAACGGCGCAGUUAAAAUUGAUAAACUCAACACUCUGACGAUUAAGAAUCUACUGUUCAAUCUGUGUAAAGCCUGUCAAAUAAACACCAUGUCCGCGUUCCCUCCCUCGGCGUUCUCGGCUGCCCGUAUCCGGGAGACUCAGCGUGACCGGGACAUGAAGCUUGCCAAUAAUAUGAAAAAAGUUAAUGAUUCUACGAAAUUUUUCGAAACAGCAUUUGGAGAGUUAUCGCCGCUCAAGUACAACAGCAAGCUAAUGAACAGCAUCUGGGGCCUAUACAACCGGUACUCGCCACACAACGUCAAGAAGAUCAACGAGGCUUUCGUUUUCAAUGGAGAUUUGCAGCAAUCUGCUGCAAACUCCAUUAAAAACGGGGAAGCAGUGAUUAGCCUGCCAUCACGACCCCUAGACAACGUAUGGGCUACAGUUAACGUAUCUCAGUCUCAUUAAUUAGUUAUUUACUCUUUAAAUACACGUUCGUGUUAUUGUAUAUUAUCUUCUCGACAUAAAUAAAAAGCAUUUAUUUCGCUCUCUGUACACAUUA